AUGGCAUCUACGACAAGCAGCACUCUGAUGCCAUUUCUGUACCCUUGUCUUUUCGACGGGGUAGUAACAUCAACAGUAAGCCGUCGAGUCUCACGUCAAUUAUCCACAUGUUUAAAACGAAGGACAUUCACAUCUACCACUUGUCGUUCAUCACCAUCGUUGGCAGAGCAGAAUGCACAGAGACGUUUCACUGCGUACGAGCCUGUAGCUCCCGAGGUUCCCAGAAGCGAAGCACGACAAAGAAGGCUAGAUCCUACUCCUGACGACUACGCACGAAACAUCUUCGUCGACAAGUGUUCCUUGUCAGUUCACGCUGGUAGUGGCGGCAAUGGAUGCGUGUCUUUCCACCGCGAUGCCGUCAUCUCAGACGGGCCACCAAAUGGAGGUGACGGUGGUAGCGGAGGCAAUGUCUGGAUCCAGGCUGUUGCAGAUCAGACGAGUCUACACAAGCUAGCAAGAAGAGGCAUCAUCAAAGCUGGUCGAGGAAUCAGUGGACAGGGCAAGAGUCAGGGUGGUCGCAAAGGAGAAGAUAUCUGCAUACAAGUACCAGUCGGCACGGUCAUCCGCGAAGUAGGGAGAAGCGAUCCUGUUGCGGACGAAGAGCGACGUCUGCAAGAGAUACAGGCACUUGAUCCUGCGGUGGCCGAAAAAGCUAAGAUAAAGACGGGCCCGAGGAGCAAUCCAUGGAUCUUGUAUCCUGGCGCAAUUGGCUAUGAAGAGAAAGAACUCGUCAACAAUCUACCUAAGCCUCCGAAGCCACGUCGUAGUCACCUUUCUGCCCUGCAGAAAGAAGGACCGAUAGAGCUCGAUCUCGACAAGCCUAUGGAACAGCCAAUACUACUUGCUGCAGGCGCUAUGGGUGGCUUUGGUAAUCCUCACUUUGCUACUAAGGAAUUGCCAAAACCAAAGUAUGCCACUAAAGGUGAACUCGGCAUCCGGCUCAAAUUCGAGCUUGAGCUGAAGCUGCUUGCUGAUGUAGGUCUUGUUGGUCUGCCAAAUGCUGGUAAGAGUACUCUGCUCAGAGCCGUCAGCAAUAGUCGGACUAGGAUUGGUGACUGGGCUUUCACUACCCUUGAACCAACUAUUGGUACUGUUAUCCUCGACAACAACCAAGGUAGACCACUUGUCAAAUCUGGAAUCGAAGGACAAGGUCCGAGAACGCACUUCACAGUUGCUGACAUUCCUGGCUUGGUCGAGGAUGCCCAUCUCGAUAAAGGUCUUGGUCUGGGCUUUUUGAGACACGUCGAGCGAGCACGAACUUUAGCAUUUGUGGUAGACCUUUCAGAAGGUGACCCUGUGCAAACUCUGCAAAGUCUGUGGAGGGAAGUUGCUGAGUACGAGAACAUGCGAAAUCAAGAAAUCAAUGAGCAGUCACAAUCAAAACUGGAGGGGUGGUCUACGUUCGGCUCAUCUGAAACAUCAGCAGAUGAAGAUCUAGCAGAUGACGACGAACCACAGAUACUGCUCUUUCCUGAACCUACAAAACACCUCGAGCCGAUCAAGAUUUCACCGAUAAGUGCCAAGCCAUGGUUCGUUGUGGCCACAAAAGCGGAUAAAGAGAGCUCGCAGGAUGCUUUUCAGAAACUACAGGCUUACGUCGCGGGUGUUGAGGCUGGCACAGUACCUCAUCCUUCGGGUCAGCAGAAUGCCUGGAAGGCGAGAAUCGCUGCAAUUCCUGUGAGCGCUAUACAUGGUCAAGGCACUGACAGAAUCGCUUCUUGGACUGCUGGGUUGCUUGACAGCAUGCAAGGAGCUGGUACCAGCCAAGCUGUUGCUGAGAGUGGUUAUCGUGGCUCUCGGAGAGCGCUAGGGUGA